AUGUAUGAUAAUCCUCAAUCAAGAACGGAAGGAUUCCACGUCGGUUCUGUGCCAUCUGCCGGUCAGUCGCAGGAAAACACUGGCAAUAAUGCACCCCUUGAAGCCUAUGGGAGUCCUGGAUCUGGACAGCAACAAGGCGCAGAAGAUGCAAGGAUUGUAGAUCGACAUCUCGGUGAAGCGGCAACAGAGGAUGAGUUUGCGAGUUUGCAACUGCAAGGUGGUGAUGUGCACAGACAAGUCUACCAAUGGUCGCAGCAGCAAAAACAGCAGUCUUUACAGGCGCGGCGGUCGCAGAGCUUCUAUAUUCCUCGGCCUCAAGCGAAUGAUGAAACGCUGGAUCCACGAAAUCUCAAAGUACCCGGUGGAUUCAGGCGUCAGCAUCUCGCUGCAAAGCAUGAAGAGGGCGAAGAGGAAGCAGCACAGCACGAGGAUUACUUUACUGCUGGCUCAAAUGGCAAGUUGCAAGGUGAACCUUUCCUCACACGCAAUUUCAUUGAGUUUCUGAGUUUGUAUGGACACUUUGCUGGUGAAGACUUGGAGGAGGAAGAAGAAGAGAGUGAUGAUAUGAUCUCUGAUGAAGCGGACGCGGGCUUUGCAGAUGCUGAGACGGAAACGGAGGGAGCCGGUGGCGCUGGCGACGGCGAACAAAGACCACUGCUCAUGCCACGCAAAUCCACGCGUCGUGGCCGAAAAUUUGAGGAACAAGGUGAUGCGAGUGUCUUCAAAGCGGUGCUCCUGCUGCUCAAAUCCUUCGUUGGUACUGGCGUCUUGUUUCUGCCAAAGGCCUUCCUCAAUGGCGGCAUGCUCUUUUCCUCCAUUAUCCUGCUGGCAGUCUCGGCCAUCAGUCUAUACUGCUUCCUUCUGCUUGUCAACACACGUCUCGCCGUACCGGCUUCGUUUGGAGAUAUCGGUGGUAUCCUUUAUGGCAGCAAGAUGCGCAAUGCCAUUCUCUUCUCCAUUGCCAUUUCCCAGAUUGGCUUUGUCUGUGCAUACACGGCAUUCACUGCAGAGAAUCUCGGAGCCUUCAUCAAAGCAGUGACGAAUGGCAAGACGCAAUGGGAUAUUUCAUGGCUCAUUGCCAUCCAACUGGUUGUCUUCCUCCCGCUCAGCAUGAUUCGAGACAUUUCAAAGCUAGGCUUCACCGCGCUCAUUGCAGACUUUUUCAUUCUGCUCGGCUUGGUCUACCUGUACUAUGCCGAUAUUUCGCAAAUUAUUGAUCGCGGUGUCUCUGACAUUGUCCUCUUCAAUGGCACUGACUGGACCCUUUUCAUUGGCACGGCCAUCUUUACGUUUGAAGGCAUUGGGCUUAUUAUCCCCAUCACACAGUCAAUGAAGGAGCCGGAAAAGUUCCCAGCGGCACUCGGUGGUGUGAUGCUCUUCAUCACGAUCCUCUUCACCAGUAUCGGUGCCUUGUCCUAUGCUGCAUUUGGCUCAGCUACCAAGACUGUCAUUCUGUCGAAUCUCCGGCAGACCAACCGUUUUGUCAACGCCGUGCAACUCCUUUACUCCAUGGCUAUUCUACUCUCGACACCACUACAGCUCUUCCCAGCAAUUCGAAUCCUCGAAACCGCAGUCUUCACAAAAUCCGGUAAGUACUCACCAAAGACGAAAUGGACAAAAAAUAUGUUUCGCGUUGUGAUCGUUGUUGGCGCCAGCUUCAUUGCGUGGGUCGGUGCCAAUGAUCUCGACAAAUUUGUCUCAUUGAUUGGCAGUUUCGCAUGUGUCCCACUCGUUUUCAUCUACCCGCCGCUGCUGCACUUGAAGGGAGUCAGUCAGACGCGCGCACAAAAAGGUGCUGAUAUCACAUUGGCUGUCUUUGGUGUGCUGGCCAUGUUCUAUACAACAGCAACGAGCAUCAGCUCAUGGAUCUCAUGAAGACUUUGGCUCGAUACACGGAUCCAUCAUAGAAUAGCAUACCCUGCAUAGCCUGUCUUUGCUUUGUGACUGCAUUUCUUUCAUCGU